ACAUGCAUGUACCUUUUUCUCGAUUCCAAUCCUCUCCUGCGUAUGGCGAAUCUAAACGGUGCGUUUACCUACGCGUGUGUAGUGAUGAACAAGCACUUAAUUCACAAUUGCUAAUUGUUUUCGAUUCAGUGAGUGGUUACCGUGCGAAAGUUGUCUAGAAAAUUUAAGUGAAAAAUCUUCAUCCCGAGAAUGUCUAAUGUUGAAAAAGCGAAAAACGUUCGCGCAGCAGUGAGGAAAGUUUAGCAUUAAACAGUGAAAUAUAUUCUAUAUGCUAAAUAGUAAUUUAUUAUCGUGGUGCUGUUUUUAGACGUGCUCUGCUAAAAAUAGCUUCCUAUAUUCGAGAGUGUAAUAAAAAAAAGUUCGCGUUGGUGUGCGAGAACGUGUGAAGAAGGAAAAACAAGUGUGUAUCUUAACCAGACCUAGCGCGAGUGUAUACAGCCUGUCAGUGGCAUUUAAAACAGCAAAUUCCCACCGUCUAACGGUAUAAGCACUCUUUAAACAAUAAAACCGAAUACGAGAUUUCUGGCCCGAAUAUGAGCCUGCAUAUUUUUGUACCAGAUAGCAAUUACGACUACAACAGCAGCAGCAACAAAAGUUAGCAACCACCACUGCUAUCGCGUUCGGCCCCCGCUGCCAAUGGUGUCGCGCGUCCCCCCUGCGUGCCUUCUAACCAAGUGAACGGUUUAUUCAUGGCAUUCCUUCCCCAAUAGCCGAGAACUUGUCCGCGUGCGUCCGUAUUUGCGUAGGUACAAUUUGGCGUGUACAUUCAGACAGGAAGAAUUGGCCGACGCAGUAGCAUAGCAGCUGAGAAAACAACAACAAGCAAAAUAAACAGAAACAGAGAGACCGCGCAGCCCCGAUGCCAAACUCGAAUAGAGUGUUCACCACUUGCUUCGAUCCUGCUUACUUACUAUUUCGCCGACCGUCGGCCCGUUGGGAUGCGUUUUCGUUUUGUUUCGCUGUUAGUUCCGUUGUCGAGUGAGUAAGUGAGGUUGAACCCCAAACCAGAACCGGUGAACCGAAUCGCGCGUAUCGUCGAAGAUCGUGUAACAAAGUCGCUAGAUUACCGGUGUGACAGCGAACUGCGUGGGCGCUUAGCGUGAAAGUGUGUGGAAAGAGUCAUCUAUCCGUUCAAGAUCGCCCGCAAGCGCAGGGAGGGUCUAUAUUGGUGUCGUCGGCGACGUCCAGUGCGAACACCUAUAUGUACCUACCACAUUACGUCACCCUGGUGUUGUUUGGACCUGCCAGUCAUAGACGGUCGGUCUGCUGCUCCUAAUAUUUUGGACGUGAACAUCUGCAACCGCUCUGCGUUGCGUGUGCCGGUGAAGUUUGUUCAACUUUUGGCAAUUAUAUUUGUCUGCUGGUCUAGCAGCGACAUAACACGUACGUUGCAGUGCACAAGAUCAUGCAUUAAUAGUUGAUCAUUUCUGAUAUUUAGUGCUAGAUGGCGUACAAGCUCAGUUGGCUUUGAUCAACUUUGGCGUUAUUGAAGAUUUUUGGUAUCAAUUUUCUUUGUUGCUGAAUAAGAAGAGGUGCCUGGCUGAAAACCGUGACAGAUGCUGAGUGAGUGUUUUGGUCGACGAUAAUAAAAAAGCAACGAAUGGGGCAUAUGUUUCACAAACAAAUAUCAUUCCGCAGUGUUUCGAAGCAGUAAGGAUAAGGUGAAGAAUAUUUUAAUUCGUUGUUAUGAAAAUUUUGUCACAUCUGGAUGCAGCCUGAGCUCAGUGAUCGUUAGUACUAUAUGGUAUCAUCGUUUCGAAAGAGUUCGAAAUCGUUUUCAGUGAUUUAGAUCAUGCAAUGAGAUAAGUGAUUCUGAAGAGUUUGCCUGAAUUUUAUUGCUUCACAAUAGUGGCUAGUAACGCAAAUCGAAUUUCGAAGAGUUGUUUUAUCGUCCGACAAUAACGGCUGCACCAUGAACGGAGUCACACUAAUGGACGAAAACGAUGUGGACAUCAAGAGUCCCAUUCGACGACUGGGAUCAACUCGGAAGCUUAAUCUCUUCAACAACAUCCGACAACAGCUGAACGAACAGCUCAAAUUUCUCGAUGUACGCAUGGAAUCACAGAUCUCGCUGAUUCAGGAACUGCAAGAUUUCUUUCGGCGGCGUGGUGAGGUAGAGUUGGAUUACAGCAAAAGUCUCGAUAAGUUGGCCAAGAGCUUACAAUUACGACACAAGGAACAGCGACAAAAACGCGAACAGUGGCCAAUGUUCUCGUCGUACUCAUGCUGGCAACAGCUGGUAAAUCAGACCAAAUCCCUGUCCAGGGAUCAUGCCGCCCUUUCCGAAAUAUACUCAGUACAUCUGGUGGCACGGUUGCAGUCUGUCUGGGAUGACGUACAGCGGAUAUACAGAAAGUGCCGCGAAAUAGGCUUCGAAACGCACGUAGAGAUUCUGCGGAUCCUGCAAGAGCUGCACACCAAUAUGAAAACCUAUCAUACGUACCAAACCGAGGCCAAGGAAGCUGAAAAGAAACUCCGCGCUGCGGAAAACCAACGCAUGAAACUGCAGCAAAGUGUGCCCAAAGAAAAGUUGGAGCGAAGUAAAAAGUACCGAUUGAUCGAGAAAGAGGUACUGAAGCGCAAGAACAAAUACACCGAUGCAAGACUGAAAGCCCUUAAGGCAAAGAACGAGUACCAGUUAUGUCUGGAGGCUUCCAACACCACCAUUCACAAAUAUUUCGUCGAAGAUUUGAGCGAUCUAAUUGAUUGCAUGGAUCUCGGAUUCCACUCGGUAGUUUCGCGGGCGUUGCUAAUGCACGUUUCCGCCGACCAGGGCCGCUGUCGAGCCGUUCUGAACAAUACGGACACUCUAUCGCACAUAAUAAACUCGAUGGACAGUCGGGCUGACAAGCAAAAGUUCCUUGAGCAGCAUAGUGCAGCUUUCAUGAUUCCGAAAAGGCUCGAGUUCCAGGGUCAGGAAGAAGACAUCGAGCCGGAACUACAGAAAGCAUUACACCAAGAGAUGGAAUCACGACUAUUCCAACUCGAACAGAGGGUCAACAACCUGCGAAUGGAAUCGGAAGAGAUCUGGAAAACGUUGGAGACGGCAGAAAUUAAUUUAUUGGAAAUUUUAAACACAAAGGACUACGAUUGUAGUACCUCGUUUGGUGAUGGUGCGGCUGGUUUCCCGAAACCGGAGCUUAAGCUAAGAUCGGACAAGAAUGAGAUCGAAGAAUUUUAUAUUACGAAAAUUCGCGAAUAUAUCCUCGCCACAUCACGAAUAGCAAGGCUUGACUCGAAGGCAGAGUUCUUGCGUAGUGCCCUGACUAAGGACUCAGUCGUUAAGGCGGACACACUCACCAAAUCCAACGUACCAAAGCGAAAGCGAAUCGGUCGUAUGAACAAAUCCGGUCGGCCGAAGCUUUUUGGUGGCUCACUGGAGGAAUACCUGGAAACUACCGCCGAAGAAAUCCCACUUAUCCUGCGAAGCUGCAUCCGGGUUAUCAACUUAUAUGGAUUACACCAUCAGGGUAUCUUCCGAGUGUCUGGAUCUCAAGUAGAAAUAAGUAACUUUAAGGAAGGCUUCGAGCGGGGCGAUGAUCCGCUGGCCGACACUACCGACGCCUCGGAUAUUAAUUCAGUGGCCGGAGUGUUGAAGCUAUACUUGCGAGAACUUCGGGAACCGUUGUUCCCGUUGAUUUACUUCGACCAUUUCGUCUCGCUUGCACAAUUGGAAUCGAAGCACGAAAUCGUGUUGGGCAUUCGAAAAUUCUUCCAGAGUUUGCCAAAGUCGGUCGUCAUCGUGAUCAGAUAUUUGUUUGCGUUUUUGAACCACCUAUCGGAGUAUUCAGAUGAAAACAUGAUGGACGCGUACAAUUUGGCUAUCUGUUUCGGUCCCACACUGAUGCCUGCACCGGAAGAUAAAGAUCAAGUGCAGUAUCAGAAUCAGGUCAACGAGCUGAUCAAGAAUAUCAUUGUCUAUCACGCGGAACUAUUCCCCAAGGAUCUCGGAGGCAUGCAGUAUGAAAAGUUUAUCUCGUCCGAACCGUUUGAGGAUAUAGAUGUAGGUGAUUCACCAACAGAGCAGGUGUCAGAGGAUCCGGACUCGGAAGUGUACCCUUCGGAGGAUGAAUCAGACACAUUCGAAGCCAUUGUGCAGUUUGACUUCAACGCACGAUCCCAACGCGAGCUGUCAUUGCGCAAAGGAGAUAACGUGAUACUGUACAAUCAGGUCUCGAAUGAUUGGUGGCGUGGAGCGGUAAACGGCAAAACCGGGCUCAUACCAGAUAAAUACAUUUCACUCAAAAUAAAGGACGAGGAUCGGGACAAAAGUGAGCAUCUCAAGUCAUCCAGCUCGGAGGAAUCGGUCCGGAAGCGGCGCCCUAGCGGAAACAUCUCACUGAACAGUCAACUCUCGAUUUGCACCCAAAACUCAAACACUCUGUCGAAUAUUACCUGUGGAAGUGACUACACAGGUUCUACCAUCAGUACCGCAACUCAGAGUGGUGGAGGUGGUGGUGGCGGCGGAGGCAGUGGUGGUGGGAAUGGAAGCACCAGCAGUGUUCUACCUGUAACUGGUUUGUUGCAAACAAUGUCUUCCUCACCUGGUCAUCCACAGUAUCAAACGAUACAACAAAUGCAACAACAACAACAGCUACAGUCACCACAAAUUCCAAUCAACCACCAAGUUACGCAUCAGCCUCCACUUCCGUCGGCCCACCCGCUAAUAGGGGAAAAGUUGAUCGCGGAGCUGAAGGAUCCAGACUACAUCCAUUAUGACACGGUGGAUCUCAAAGCGUCAACCUACAGCUACCACGACGAACCACAUUCGUUCGAGAAUUCAGCGGAGUUCCUGGAGGAAAUGAACCACUUUACAUUCGAGCAACAAAAACCAUCGGAACCGAUUUACGCCGAACCGACUAAAAUCACCGUCCAAAGAGAUAAAUCGCCUGUUCCGGGCGAGAGUGGUGGCGGACUUGGCUCGGGUGGUGGCGACGAACCAGAAGAUGCGGUGGAAUUUCGUUAUGCUCUCGGGGGAAUGGGGGAUCCACCGGAGCAUACCAAAUCGGCACUGAUGCUGAACCGUCGCAGUGAUACCCUGCCAGGAGGAGCAGGACGAGGAGGUAAAGGAGAUGGCAAGAACCAGGCGGUUGAUGAAAACGGUGAACCGAAACCGAUGCGGAAAUACCAUUCGAAAAGUUUCAGUCUGUCGGAAAAUAAGCUUAGCUUGGUAUCCGGAGUUGGUGGCACAGGAGCUUCGACAUUGAAUGUAUUUCAGCAAAAUCGAGAUUUGUGGCAGAAACGAGCCGCACAGAGCUCUUAUCAAAACUUGGCGACAUCGAGAAUUCUUAGCCGAAACAGAAUCGCUCCGGAUCUUGUAAUGGAUUUACCUCCAGCUAUCGGAAAGGAUGGAACAGGCAGCGCAUCUCGUGAAUCGCUGGACAGCGAACUGGAAGAUAUGACAUCAGCGGAAAGAUUCGCGGCUCAGAACCAGUGUACGCUGAAAAAGAACGAGAGGUUCUCCACGGAAUCAGUGGUUUACGAGAACACCAGUAACUCGGGAAAGAAGGAGGUCAAACUGGACUUAAAAGGUGGACCACCAUCGGACAAACCGAAAGCGGAAGUGAAACCACAGGAGAGCACUAAUAAAACUCCGACUUCGACAGAUAUUCCGAAAAUCCUAGAAGAAGAUAGUGGGGGUGAUGUAGGUGAAGACGUUGCCGAAGGCAUCACUAAGGUCUCCUCGGAAGAGGUAGAUCUACACAUUGACGAGUCUUCCGUUGGCGAUGGUCUCCAAGUAGCCGUGUCAGUGCCUAAAGAACUGGCUAAAAGUCCGAUCCCGGCACGAAAUACGCAAAAGUUCGUAUCUCAGUUUGCCGAUCUGCAUCUGACCGGCGGAUGUUUAGUUAAGGCGUCAGAAAACACAUCCGCAGCGGCUGCUACCUCGCUAGCCCAGGAACAGCAGGCCAAAAGUCUCAGUUCAUUCAAACCACAAGUCAAGGUCAAGCCACAAAUUCUGAAGAAGCCCCAGGUGCUCCCCCCACACACGCCCGAAAUGGGACGAAGAUCACAGGACUAGAAGCGGCGAAUGGGACUCGGUUGCCGGUCCAAAACACUCAAUUUGUAAGUGAUAUACCAAAUAGAUUAGUAAGAGAGAAGAAGUGAAAUUGAGGAAUUUUGUGCAAAGAUAGCAUGGUAAUUGUGGGGAUUUGAACGAUUGUUGGGAAUUGCGGGAAAUACAGGGUCUGUCCCGAAUAUCGUGUAUGUAAAGCAGGGGACACGCUUACUACAGUUUUAGUACAGAGAGGUUUUUGAUUGAAUUUUAGAACGUGCAUAUGAAUGAUCGCAAAAAAUUGGACAGUGAAAACACCAAUAUUCCAACGUAACAAUAAAUACUAUAAUAAUGUAAGACUGGAUUGGUACAAUAUGCAAGCUGAGAAGAAAAAUUACGGAGGAAAAUCGUUUCUUUAACCCAAAUCGGAUCAAUCGUAGCAAGUAGCAUGACGCUCUCGAAUAAAAAAAAUAUCGAAUAUCUAAGUCAGUAGCAGUACAGUUUUUAAGUGUAUUAUGAAACGCAGGGUAAUGAAACUUGAACGAUGAUUGUAAAGCUCGAAAAAAAGGAAAAGUAUGGAAGUGGUAUUCGUAAAAAAUGUACAUCACAAAAUUAUCUUUUACUGUCACUAGUUUUAGCAAGCACAGAUUAGUGUUUGCUAACGCAGGCCUCUCUCCAGUGAUUUGAACGACAUCUUAUUAUUGAUAUUAACACUAGUUCCAGUUGUAUCGCUAGCAACAUCUUUGAUUUUAUUUUUUCAUAUAUACUGUACAAUCAUCGAAUUAUUUUAAACUGACGUAAACAUAUUGAUGGCACCUUUUUGGCGCUUUUUAAAUUUGAAUCAGUUUUAACAGCAUAAUUUAACUAUUUUUAACAUUGAACCAGUUUGGGACUAUUCGAUUUGUUCACAUUUGUUUCUCAAAAGGGUUUCCACUAAACAAUUUUUGACACAGACAACAUCCUUAAUUGCGAUCUCAAAGCUAUGACAUUCGAGUAAUUUGUGAACCAAACAACGAAAUUCCAAGUUUUUCACCAGAAUUUUUUUUUCUUCAUUCAAAUAUUGCAAAACCCGCCGAAAUCCGAGAACCUAGCUGGUUCUGAAUCGUUCAAAAACCAAAUCUACAUUACAAUCUGAGGUCAUAGUCAUUCGAGCCAUAGGAGUAAUAUAAGUACAAUCUAAUCAACAGGUUGUUGCAUUCUAGCCACAAUACAAGCUACAAAUAAAUAGAUUACAGAUCUACCUAGUAGCGAAUGCAGAAUCUCAAUUUAAACAGCUAAAAACUCUUUGUUGUCCAACUAUACGUAUACAAACCUGCAGUGAAUACAGUAAAAUAUAUUCAGAAUUAUGAAAAACGUAAAAGCAAGCAAAUAGUAUUCAACACAAGGGAGCUAUCAAUCACUUCGGUGACUAAAUCAAUAAAAGUCUAUAUGAAAUAGUGAAACUAAUACCAACAAAUAUACGAAUCAAAUCCGGUGAUAAAAUAAAACACUAUACUAUCAGCCUGAGUGCAUCAAACCAACCAUGAAGCAGAGAGAGCAGUAAAUAGAACACGCAUAAAUUUAGUAGGUAUUUGUUCAAUAUAAUCUACCAGAGUAGGCCAUUCUUAUUCGUAUCCAGUCGUCAUUCAUAGGUCCAAAACGAAAUAUCUAUCACGUGAAAAAGCUUAUACACGAACACAUUCAAACUCUAUCCACAUACUCUAUACCAUCUCGUCGUAGCUACAUUACAUGACCAUUAACCAUUACUGCACAACCCACAUUAACCCAAACAAAAUGUUCCAGAAUAAACGAAUCUAUGAAAUCGCGAA